UAACAAUCUCAGUCAACCUAUCUCUUAAAACAAACGUGCGAUAUAUAUAUUUCUUCUUCUAUUCAUUACUUACAAUUUGCAAGAUCUGCAGAUAGGUGAGCAAAAAGAUAAGGUUUGGUAAGACAUUAAGCUAUGCAAAGCUGAAGAAUACUGAUUAGGAAAUUCUUGUGAAUCUUGUUGGUGACGAGGAAAGAUAUUUAAAAUCUCACAUGGUGCUAAAAUCUUGAGAUCUUAGAGAAUUUUCUUUUCUGUACACCCUUCAUUCAAAGUUGAAUCUCUCUAUCUCACCGUGACUCCAGAUUGAGUAAGAUUGAUGGUGUUGGAAUUUUAUCAUUCAUAUCUAGAUCGGGUUAUUCUUGACAUCAUUUGAGAGACUUACAUCUUUAAAAGGAAUGAUUUGUCUCAUGUUGAAAUUUCAACUGGAUCACAUAGUUAAGAUUUUUUACCAACCAAAGUUAAUCAACGGAGUUCUCUUACAAGUCAGAAUUAAUGAAAGGGUUCAACUAGAGCAUGAGUUAGAAUACUGGGCCAAGGAAUUUCACAAUUUCAUUAAAAAAUCAUGUCAUUUGGUCCAUGGUGGGGAAAAUUGCAAUUCUAUGAUCUCUUGCAAGCUUAUCUCAAUUCAUGAUUUGGUGAAUGUAUUCUACAAUUUCUUUAAAUAAAGAUACAGAUUGGGAGAGCUUUAUCCUCUGAAAUUCGAAUCUCAAACUAGUUUCUUCUUCAAUAUUUGUUUCAAAAAAAAAAAAAGAAAAAAAAAAGAGAAAAGGUGGAUUGAAAAUGAGUGCCCUGCAAGGUGUAUUUUCAAUUGUAGGGGCAAUUACAGGGAGAAUAGUUGAGCCAGUGAUCCAAUUAGUGGUGCUCCACGUUGGUUUUGUUGUUCAGUACAAGAAGAAGCAGGAGAAACUAGAAGUCGAAAUUAAAAACCUUGAAGAGAAGAGAAAACUAAUCGAAGAAAAAGUUGAUGAAGCCAUUACUCGUGGUGAAGAAGUUGAUGAACCUGUUUCAAAUUGGCUAGUAGAGGUGGAAGAAAGACUUCAGAAAAUUAAGGAUGACAAUAUUAUUAAUGAAAACAUGCAGUGCUUUAAAUUCUCAUGUCCGGAUUACAUCUCGCGAUACCGUAUGAGCAAGGAAGCCGAAAACAAGAUGAAAGAAGUAAGAAAUCUCACUCAGAGUGGCAAUUUUAGCACAGUUGCACAUCCUAAGCCAUUUGCUCAAGAACUUCAAUUCCCAUCAUCAAGUGCAAACUAUGCAAAUUUUGAGUCGCGAAAAUCGGUUUGCGAGAACAUCAUGGCGGCAUUACAAGAUUCCAAUGUUAAAAUGAUUGGAGUAUAUGGAACAGGAGGAGUUGGUAAGACGACAAUGGUCGAAGAGAUUGGCAAACAAGUGAAAAAUAGACUUUUUGAUGAAGUCGUGGUGGCAGUUGUCUCUCAGGACGCAAAUGUGAGCAAUAUUCAAGGGCAACUCGCUGAUCGCUUAAGUAUGAAACUAAAAGGGGAAACUGAAGUGGGAAAAGCAAAUGAACUGUGGAAUAGAUUAAACAAUGGGAAGAAAAAUCUCAUUAUAUUGGAUGAUAUGUGGCAAGAAUUGUAUAUUGGAUGA